GGUGCUGAACAUGACUCUCGCGAACAUCUGCCCCAUCCGCAAUAUUUGGAAGGGACCUGGGUGUACCUCUUCAAGUAUAUCUACAGAUUCUCAGACAACAACAAAAAGUGCCGAAUCAUCUGGUUGUAUGGCACGGCGGGCGUCGGAAAGUCUGCUGUUGCGUUCACUGUGGCUGAAAGGAUGAGAGGUCUGAAAAUGACAAUGGAGACGAAAAAAGAAAAGCGGUUCGCAGGAACAUUCUUUUUCUCUCGCAAACACACUAAACGCUGCCCUGUUCCCCUUGAAGCCCACCAGACCCCUUGA